AUGUGCACGAUCGCCAAGGUGGCGUGCAGCAACUGGAAGCGAGUGUUCCUCGCGCUGAACGGAACCGACUUCAGGACAGACCCCGGCAGUAACGAAUACGUGCACGGCGCUGUAGGGAAGCUGACGCUGGGUCGCCGCCGUCCCGACAGCCACGAGGCGAUCUUGCGCGAGUACAGCAACGCGCUUCUCGUCCGACACCCGUUUGACCGCAUCUUGUCCGCGUACCGCGACAAGAUCGAGCCGGGAGAGGGACAGUAUGCAUCGUUCGGACGCCGGAUCGCCGACGCUUUCCCCGACAAACGCAUGAGGCCCCCGAAUGCAACAUUCGAGCAAUUUGUGCGCCAUCUGGUGGUCACCGACCCGGCUAAGUUCGACGUGCACUGGCGGCGCUACGUCGAUCAGUGCCAGCCGUGCUCGAUUCGCUACGACUUCGUCGUGAAAUACGAACACAUGUCCGAGGAGUCGGACGUUAUGUUCCAUCAGCUCGGUAUAGGUCGGCAGGUAGGGCUGUCAGCGCGCGGCGAGUUCUAUAAGAGCAAACCCACGGGUGAGCUGCGACAUCACUACUACAGUGCCCUGUCACCGGUUCUAGUGAGGAAACUGUACGAGAAGUAUUUCGAUGACUUCUACCUAUUCGGAUACGUAUUCGAUUACUCUAAAUAA